AUGCGAGCGACAUCCCGGCUUUUUGCGACGGUCAAGCCGGCCUCGAAAUUUCUCGAACCCUACACCCCUACCGGACUGACCGGACUAUUGACGCACCCGUCGCCUCGACCAGCUCUCAUUUACACGUACCGCGAGACACUAAAGAAACUACAAGCAUUUCCGACAUCGUCUGUGUACCGGCAAUCGGUAGAGGCGUUGACCAAGCAGCGGCUGGAGAUCGUGGAGGCGACGAAGCCCGAAGGCUACGAGCAAUGGCUGGAACGGGUGCGCAAGCAGAUCGACGCCAACCCGGCGGCCUACGGCAAACUGACGCACGCCGACGGCACGCUGUCGAGUGAAAAAGCACACGUCGAGCCGAUUGACAAUUGGGACGGCGUGGUGAAGAGGGGCGACGCCCUGCCCGAGGGCUCCAACACCCAGGUCCAGGCCGAGAAGAAGGCCGCCAUCAUACACAAGGAGGUCCAGUCCGUCGACCGCGAGGCCGAGGAAGGUCGAUUGCCCAGCGUCGAAGAUCUGGAGGUCGAACCGCCCCUGACGAAGGAUCAGAUCGAGGAUAUCGAGAAGAAGAUCGGCGCCGGCCUGAUUGAAGAGGUUGUGCAAGUUGCCGAGGGCGAGCUGGCUCUCGUCGACGAAUUGCUACUACAUAAAGUUUGGGAGGAGCUCGAGGAGAAGACCCCGCCUGGACAAUGGGUGUAUUUCGAACGUGGGGACACCGUAUAG